CUCCCCUCGCCUCAGCGGGCUCCUCCUUCUGAGAUCUGGGCCCCGCCCACAGUGUCGGUGAGGAUUCGGUGAGCGGGACGGCGGAGGAUGGAGCGGCCGCUUCUACCGGAGAACCUUCUUCAGGUAACCUUUGACGAUGCCGCCAUUUACUUCUCGGAGGAACAAUGGCAGAACCUGGAGGAGUUCCAGAAAAAGAUAUACAAAGAGCUCAUCAAGGAGAUCUACGAAACCAUGCUGGCACUGGGCUAUCGAAUCCCGAAACCGGAGAUCGUGUCCCGGAUAGAGCGAGGGGAGGAGCCGUGCAUAGACAGCAACAAGAAGCAGAAGCUGGAGGAGCCGCAGGCCGAAGGCAGUAAAGAUACCGGGCCGGUGAUUAAAGUGGAACGGCAGUCUCCAGAAGCUUCCAUCCACAUUCCCCCCAGCGAGAUCUCCUCGUCCCAGGAACGUAGCGGAGCGCAGUGCCCGAGGUGUGGGACAUGCUGCAACAACCAGUGUGGGAUGGGCUAUCAAUGGAACACCCAAGGGAUGUACCCGGGACCCCCACAAGUGGAUAAUAAUCACAGAAAACAGUUUGUGGCCCCUUCACCGACAUACUUCAAUGGUAGCCCCAUCUCUCCGGGAUACGCCAACAGAGGCGAGGCAAUGCCACACCCAACUUCUCCUAUGGGGUACAACAAUAUGGGGAUGGUUCCUCUGUCUCCCCACUAUCCCGUAUACAGAAAUGUCGGGGACCCCAACACCACAUUUCCGUUUCCAGAGAGACCCCAGCAGAAUCCUAUGUUUGGAAAUUUCGAAGUCAAUCAGCAAACACAGAUGGGCCCUCCAGGAAGUCACAUGACAGCUUCAGAGCACGAGAACCGAAACCGGAAGGAACAGUACAUUAACGCACGUGAAGGCCAAUUCCAGGAAAGGAGAAACCAGAUGGGGCCUUGCCCUGCCUGUGGAACGUUCUGCAAUAAUCAGUGCGCAGCAAGCUUUCAGUGGGAACAAAGGCGGCUGCAACACGGUGUUCCGGGGGCAAUGGAAACAAACCGAUAUGCAUCACCUCCAAACCCCUAUUUCAAUGCUGGUGCAAACCAAGCAGCUUUUUCCAACGUGCGCCAUCCUCUAAGACAUGGGACCCCUCCGAUGAAUGUUCAAGGGAACCCAGCAAUGAUCCAGUUGUCCCCACAAUUUGCUGGAUAUCGUAGGCAGGGAGAUCCAAGGUCCCCCAACGUUAUGCAUGGAAAGCAAGAGCAUCCACAGGGACAUGUCAUUCAUGGAGGCAACACAGCGGCUGCAAAUUUACACGGGCCAAACCAAACUGGCAAAUAUGGAACUAUGCCAGCAAACAUGGGUGGAAAUCAUAGGAAGUCCCAAUCCAUGUCUCCUCUUGCCGCUCUGGAAACGAUGCCAAUGAUGUCUACUAAUAACAGCCCGAAUGCCGUAAAUGAACAGAGAAGUAGAUCCGCUAACCAGGUUGCCAACGCCACAAAUGCGAUGAUGACUGAACAGAGAAGCAGACCUCCAAACCAGAUGGUUAAUAACAGCCCAAAUGCUUUAACUGACCAGAGGAGCAGACCUCAAAACCAGAUGGCUAAUAACAGCCCAAAUGCUUUCAUUGACCAGAGAAGCAGACAUCCAAACCAGAUGGCCAAUAACAGCCCAAAUGCUAUAAAUGAACAGAGAAAUAGACUUGCUAACCAGAUGGCUAUAAGUUGCUCAAAUACUUUAACUGACCAGAGAAGUAGGCCCAUUUACCAGAUGGCCAAUAACAGCCCAAAUACUAUAACUGACCAGAGAAGUAGACCACCCACUUACCAAAUGGUUACUACCAGCCCAAAUACUAUAACUGACCACAGAACUAGACCCCCCACGUACCAAAUGGCUACUAGCAGCCCAAAUACCAUAACUGACCACAGAACUAGAUUUACUUACCAAAUGGUUAAUACCAGCUCAAAUAAUGUAACUGACCAGAGAAAUAGACCCCCAGCCCAGAUUGUGACUAGCAGCGAUGCCACCAGGGGAACCGUUGCCCAAAAUAUCAACAAAAGGCCAGACAACUUCCAGUGUUCCAUAAUAGGAGGUAAAUUGGUACAGUCUGUCACACCGCCAACUGGUAACACCGGGCAGCCAAGGCCCGGCGAAAUGACUUUUAAUAGGAGCCCCUCUCUAGGUCACAAUGGUAACUAUGCUCACAAAAAUGCCCAGCCCUCAUCAACAAUGAGUCAGGAAGUUGGUCGGACAACCACUGGAGAAAGUGUGGGAAGUAAACGACCUGCCUCCCAGCAGGCAUCAGAUGGUGUGCUGCCUCCUAAAAGAGCAAGCCCCACUGUUAUUAUUGUUGAUUGCGAUGAAGGAAAACCAGCGUCAUCCCAAGUGACGAGUGCAAACAACCCCGACACUGCUCGUAGAACACCUACUUCCAAGUCAGAAAGUCUUCCUUCAGAGCCGAUUGUGGUUAGUGAUGAUCAGGAUACCAAGAAUGCUGAACUUCAGGAUUCCAGAGAAGAUAAACGCUCUCAAGCUUCGAUCACCAUCAGCAGCAUCCGGACUUCUGGAAUAUUUAACCCGCCUACAAUCCGGGGUAAAAGGGAAGUGAAAAAUGACUCCAAUACCAUAAUUAUUAUUGAUGACAAAGAUCCAGAGGGGGCUGUCCAUCAGACUCUGCAAACCAAGACGUCGAAAGAUGAAUCGCAGACUUCCACCUGUGGAACUCCUCCAAUGAAAAACCCCAAAGCUGCUGGUGAGCCUCCACCCUUGGCCCCCAAGGUCCAACAGCAAGGGGUGCAGCAGGGUACCCCAGUUAUGGUUAAUAAAGUUCAUAUGCAGCAACCUUCCCCGAUCAUUGUCACUGGUGGCACAAGCCUUGGCAACCAACAACUGCCAGUCAAUGGAAAUCAAAGCAUCAUGUUGACCUUUCCUGUCACUGUUGGAAAUUCAGGGAUAAUGCUUGCAACUCCGGUGAAUAUUUCAGAAAACCAAAUUUCUGGGGCGAACCACACCAACAGAAUGCCUGUAGGCAAGAACCCCCGUUUUGUACAGCCAAACAGUGUUCCCAUCAACAUUGCACCUCAGAAUGUUCAUUCUAAGUUAGGUCAGGUUACUAUGAGGCCUGUAAUUGGUCAGGCUAAUAGACUAGCAGUACCUCACGGACAGGCAAAAUCCAUAACGGUCAACGUUAGCCAGCCUGGCAGUGUUGCAGGGACUCUGAGUAUUAAUAAUGCCAACCUUCAAAAGGUUAAUGGUGGUACUUUUAAAGCUGCUCCCGUGACAUCUGCUGGGAACCAGCCAGUAGGACAGUCAUUCCCGCUUUUUGUGGAUGCCAAUUCUGGUCUUAUCCUUACUGGAUCUGCAGUACCCUCCAAGGAUUCUGUACCCUCUGGUAUAGGGAAUGCUACAAUGGUCACUGUUAACGGUGGUGUGGUUUCUGGAAAUGUUGGCCAAGUGGCCAUGGGUGGAAAGUUGGCCUUCAGCCCUGUUAACGUCAAUGGACUUGCCAAUACAACAUUCAUCACAGUAGAUGGGCCAAUGAGUCUUGGGAACAAUUCUUCCGUCACACUUGCCAGUAACCCAACCAAUAUCAACAAUAAAGGAGCAUUAAAUAUUGGCAAUUCUACUAUCCUCACAUUGAACGGUGGCAUGGGCAGCAUUGGUAGCGCCCACCCUGUUGGUGCACCCAUAGCCAAUAUUGCUUCCAUCAAUACAAACGGCACCUUGCAAGUUGCAACAACGGCAGCUUCGGCUGUUGUAAGCGGGCAGCAGAACAGUGGGAUUAUUAUAAGAAAGGUCGGAGAUCCCAGUACGGUAUCUCAGAACCCUCAGCCCAGCGAGGACUCAACGGUGGUGGUAGUAGAGAGACUCUUUAAUUGUAGCGAGUGUGGAGAAAAGUUUAACUCCCUCGAGAACUUAACUUCUCACCAGGUGGUACAUAAACGGCCAAACGCCCAGCCAGAGGGCAAAGCUGGCGAGGCAACUUCCAAAGACAAUGAAGUUCUUCCAGGCGGGGCGGAAGACGACUCUCACACCAUCUUAUACACCACCCAAGGAGACGAUGGCAGCACAGUUUAUGUUGUCACAGUCUAGACACGCACAUGUUGGAAAAAUACUGAAGCUCUUAAUUUUUGUAGCAGGAUUCGGUUUUUAGUUUUUUGACUUUUUUUUUUUUUUGGACAUUUUUCUAUUUGUGUUUUAACAUUUUAUUCCACUUCAGUGAUUUUUAGAGUAUCAUAUACUCGGUGUAAUGUCUCUCGUCUCUCUAGAACUGGUUGCUUUCCUUUGUAGAAGACUCUAGAACAACGUGUUAGGUACAGACAAGAAAAAAAAAACUGUUUAAUAACAGAUAAAUUCUAGAAAAGGGAAAAAUGUAAACUUUGCCUAGUCUUGUAGAAUUGACAUGUAAAGAUGUACAUAAUGAUUUGCUAGGUUCCUCAGACACUUUGUAAAAUAACACUUCAGCUAUAGUCUACUGUGACCCCCGGGAAGGGAGCAAAGUAGACCAAGCCUUUUCUUGCUCUAGCGUAGAAUAUGUAGACUAAAUGUGAGCUUCCUGGUUUAUGGAGGAUUUGUUUUCUAAGUCAUGUCUGCACAGAAUUUGGGGUGCGGAGUAUAAGAAGAAUACAGUUUUCCUGUGUCCCCCAGCUUUUGCGGAAGAGGUUGAACACCACAUACUAAUGAUAUCAUGACCUGGCUGAUGAUGUCACUUGAAUGAAUGCCAAAUAUUCCCCUUUAAGUGUUCACCUUUUCAAAAGUGAGCCAACAGUGUACAUCUUUACCCCCCCCCUGGUCCCUACUGUACUUCUGGGGAUGAUGAGCUGACAGGUCCCACACAGUCAGUGCAGCGGUCUGGGGGGUUAGAAACCCCUACUUUUCUCUGUGCGGCGCUUCCAGGAUGGGGCAGAGUGAUUGUGAUUGGUCAGUGCAAGCACAGCCCUUCUCCCUCCUCUCUGUGCAGUAGAGCCAGGAGGGAUCAGAGUGAUUGUGAUUAGUCAGUGCAAGCACAUCUCUUCUCUAUGUAGGAGGGAUUAGAGCAAUUGGGAUUGGUCAGUGCAAGCACAGCUCUUCUCCCUCUUCUAUGUGCAGUAGAGUGGGAGGGAUCAGAGCGAUUGUGAUUGGUCAGUGCAAGUACAGCUCUUCUCCGUACAUCACAUCCAGGAGGAAUCAGAGCGACUGUGAUUGGUCAGUGCAAGCACAGCUCUUCUCCCUCUUUGUGCACUACAUCCAGGAAGGAUAAGAGCGAUUCUGAUUGGUCAGCGCCAGCACAGAUCCGGCCCUGAAACGCUGCAGAGAGAAGAGCAGGAAUUUUUUAGCUCCCAGGACCACUAUAUGGGCUGCAUGGGAUUUAGACGAGGAAGGCUUGCCGCUCCCAGGUGAGAUGUAGAAGCCUGAUGAAACUAGUGGGUGCCUGCCUCGGCUCGCCUCCCGCAAUCAAUGUAUAAAAAGAAUAGGCUGCGCACCACGAUUGUGAUCCAAAAUCCUUUAUUGGGACCAGAGCGUUCCCGGGCAUUCUGGCCUUGUGGCGUCACUCUGGCCUUGUGGCGUCACUCUGGCCUUGUGGCGUCACUCUGGCCUUGUGGCGUCACUCUGGCCUUGUGGCGUCGCU